AUGUCAGCCAGCCUCUUCCCAGCCCACCAGCGACCGGGGCUCUUGGAUGAGCUGCACGGCAGAGCACAUCAAAUGCCGUGCCCGGAGGGGCUGCUGGACGCCUCGGUGCUGGACUUUGUGGCCGACCUCUCCCUGGGCGCACCAGAAGGGCCCCCGCGGGCCGGGCCGAGCCUGGGGCUCUACGAGUUCCCCCCCGGGCCUCCUUUCGGGGGCAAAGCCCUGUCCCUCCGGGAGGGAAUGGCCAGGGGGCUGCCCCUGGCUGCCUUCGGGGAAGGAGAUCCCGAAGACGACGAAGAGGAAGAGGAGGAGGGGGAGAGGAUGCAGAGCGCUUCCCUCUUGGACCGGCCUAAGAGAAAGCGGGUUAUCACCUACGCCCAGCGCCAGGCUGCCAACAUACGGGAGAGGAAGAGGAUGUUCAACCUCAACGAGGCGUUUGACCAGCUGAGGAAGAAGGUCCCCACCUUUGCCUACGAGAAGAGGCUCUCCCGGAUAGAGACGCUCCGCCUGGCCAUAGUGUACAUCUCCUUCAUGACUGAACUCCUGGACAGCUGCAACAGGCAGGAGGGCAGCUAG